AUGGUCUGCCCAAGCGAUAUUUGUAUCCACAAACUACCAGCGCUGAAGGUGGCCGGUGCAAACAAGUUGGCUGAUUUUCACGAUGCCUCAAGGGAAGACCCAAAGCUGUUUCGUGAGGCCUUGAUCAACGCACUUCUCGCUUUUGAAAUAGAUCAACACAUCCUGACUCGAAUCCAACUCGGGGAUUGUUUCCGCCGUUCGCUUCAGGCGCAGAGGCAGACCACACCGUAUCGUCUCCAUACCAUCGUCGCGGAAUGCAAGUCUGGAACGCUAGAUGAGGGCUCUCUGGAGGCGAGGUUUUACGCGCACGGCGGUGUUCGCGCCGUGACAGCACUUGCUGCUGCGGCGACGGACGAGAAGAACGUCGUGAAACAGCUCAAAGGCCUUCCGGAUAGUCAACUGCAAUCAUUCUUCCGAACGGUGGACAUCAUUAGUCCUCAUCGAGACUUCCUUUUCAUUGUGGAGACAGUGGAUAGGAAAAAGCCAGCAAGAUUAUCAAAACGAAAGCAUCUCCCAGAGCCACGUUCCCGCCGUCGUUUACAGGAGAGGCACAAUGCGGACGGCUUGCAACAAGAACGACUACGUAACCUCCCCGUGGAAAGUCAUCGACACAGACACAACCAAGACUCGCGUAUCAACUACGGGGAAACUGGCAACUUUCGGUUAUUGGACGAAAGUGACAGCAGAGUAUUAGAUGCGUUUCCGCCGUCAAAGAGGAAGCAAGCAACAAAUACUUCUACCGAGUCAGGCACGUGCUGUGCGUCGGCCUUCAGUCCGCGAGGUACUCCAGAUGGCCAGGUUGCUGCUGCGGACGAUAGCCAACCGAUGACAAAUAUGCUUGAUUCAGGAACCGCACCCGGCCCGUUGUUGACAUUUGCACCAUGCACAUCGGGCUCGGGACAAGCAGGACGGAGCUUCACUCAGUAUAACGAAUUCUCAGCUGCCAUUUCUACCAAUUCACCAGGUGUGGAAAACAAUGUAUACGGUCGAAACGUCAACGAUUGUGAUUUUGAACACUAUGGUAUUGAUCUGGAUAGCUUCACCGCUUUGUAA